AUGCCGAAUUCGGUAUUACAAACUGACCAUGCAGAAUGGUUACAAAAGGUUGAGCAAAGCUUAGAUGUUAUUGAUAUAAUCGGAAGAAAACUAAUUAUUGGACGUUCAACAUGCCGAAAUCCUGGUUCCGAGCUUAUUUUAAUACAACUUGAGGCAAAAUUAAUUCGAUAUGCUUCACAAGUGUGUUAUUUAAAUCAACGUUAUCGGGGUACGAAAUAUCCAUCUCUCAAUGAGUGGUUAACAUAUGUCAACUUAUUACCAACCGAAAUUGUCGCUGUUCUAGAAUGCUUGCAAACAUUUUGUGUUUUAAUUACUAUGAACGACAAGCAGCUUUUGGAUAUCAGCGAAAGACUUCGAUUCACAUCACAUGGCCGUCGAAGAUUGCGCAAAUCAUCCUAUUCGUUGCGGAGUUAUAUUUCAAAAUGGAAAGACGAAGGAUAUGAGCCAGUUCGUUCAUUUAGUGAUAGAGAUUUAUGCUGGAUGAGUUUCGAUCACUUAGCUCCCAAUGACAGCAGGCCAUUUCCAUAUGAAAACACUGCGGAGUCGAGUGCCAGUGAUUCUGGCUCAGGUGUAGGGUCAAAUUUGUCUCAAUCGUCACUUCCAACAACAACACCGCCAGCAACCCCGAAUGUUACGACAAUCAAUACGACACUUUCUAAUACGCUUAAUGUUUUCCCAAGAAAUAUUGGUGAAAAGGCAUCAAUUCCCAAUCGUCUGUCGACGACGAGCUUAGUAUCAGAUGGCUUGAUGCGCUCACAUUCUCAUGAAUCGAAUCUUCAGUAUACUGUUAAUAACAGUAGAGGAAGUGGAUUAACAAGUUCGCUUUCAAUCAAUGAUUGUUUGUCGGUAGUAAAUCGUGGAACAACUUUGAGCCCAUCAUCCUCCCAUUUAAGCUAUGUGAGCCAAGUAGCAAAUACAAUGCCUCGAACACCGAAGACUGCUCGCGCCAAGCAUUCCAUCCCUCAUCAAUGGCAUCGACGAAAAGGUUUCCGUAUUUCCACUGAAAAUUGUCAUUUCUGUCAACGACAGUUAAAUUUCUUCAGCGAAUAUGAGAAAUGUAAAUCAUGCAAAUGGAAAGUACACCCGCACUGCAAAGAGAAAAUAGGUGAUUCAUGCGGCCUUACUCCUGCUUAUCUCAAACAAGCACUGAAAGAAAUGUUCAUGAAAGACACUGGAAAUGAUGGUUGGACACCAUCGGAAUAUAGCGUUGUACCACAGCAGGCAUUUCUUUUUGAUCCCGUAGAUAGUUCAUCAAGUACAAACAGUUCGGCACCUUCAACACCGGCUUUCCCAGCUAUAUAUUCUGCCACGCUUCCAACGUCUAGUCCUUUCUUAUUACCGUCAGCACCUCCUUCAUCAUACAGAAGUAAUUUCGACUUUCCGGAAGCAGUUCCUGAAGUGCCUGAUAUCAUUGUAGAAGGUGGUGGCAGUGAACAGCAUCGGUUAAUUUCGUCUCAAGGUUCAGAUUGUACUGUGAAUUCUAGUGGAACCAUCAUUCUUGGUGGUUCAGAUGGUUCGGAAGGUACUCUAUUCAUUGAUUCAAUGGGGAGCAGUGGCGGCAAUUCUGAUAAUCGGGAAGAAUUGGAUAGUUUAAAAUUAAGUCCCAAUUCUGCUUGCUCAUUGAAUCGAGACAGAUGGAGUAAUGGAACGAUUAGGGUACCAAAUAACUGGAAUGAUUUCACUAUUCCUUUCAGUCAAAUCGAAUUUAAGAAACAAAGUUUGAUUGGAAAAGGUCGUUUUGGAGAGGUACAUAAAGCAAACUGGUAUGGUGAUGUGGCAGUAAAACUGCUGAAUAUGGAUCAUGUGGAUGAAGAAAAGCAAUUAGAAGCCUUUAAGGUGGAAGUUGCAUCGUUCAAGAAUACACGACAUGAUAAUAUAGUGCUCUUUUUGGGCUAUACUUUUGAUCAACAUAAAUUAGGUAUUGUUAUGCAUUACUGUAAAGGUCGGCCGCUGCACCAAUUACUUCAUGACCAUUACGAAAAAUUCAAUUUUACUGAAAUCGUGCAUUUUGCUACACAGAUAUGUCAGGGGGUAUCUUACUUGCACACGAAAAGGAUUAUUCACAAAGAUUUACGAACAAAAAAUAUCUUUGUUGAAAGUCGAAAUCGUAUCGUUCUCACUGAUUUUGGUCUUUUUAAUAUGAAACGACUUGGUCAGCCGCACAGGCAUCAUACACUGAUUGUUCCGCAGUACUGGCUAUCUUAUAUUGCUCCGGAGCUGAUCAAAGCAUUAUCGGCUGAUCUGAUUCAGUUGCCAUUCACCGAAAACAGUGAUGUUUAUGCGUUUGGAACUAUUUGGUAUGAACUAACGACAUAUCGUUUUCCGCUCCGAGAGCUGCAUCCAGAUGUCAUUAUUUGGAAAGUUGGAUGUGGCUUCAAAGCACCUCUGGACGAUAUAUCUGGUCCUCGGGAAGUCAAGGAUAUUCUAGUCCGAUGUUGGAAUUACUCACCAAAAGAAAGGCCAAUAUUCUGUGAUAUUUUGGGAAUGUUGGAAAGACUUCCGAAAAAACGGCUCGGACGUAGUCCUUCAUUUCCAGUCUCGCGAAGCUAUGAAUCUGUUUUUUAA